UCUUCAUUUGCAGUUACUGCUUGGAAUAAAUGGAUGAAUAUGAAACGUAAUUACUCUGUCUCAAUGCGUAUUACAAACGGAAGAUGAAGUAGGAAGCUAAAGUCGUCGGAAAAAGUUGAUCGGAAGUAGGAGGACGACUGGCGAAGUUGAACGAAGUCAAGUCAAAGAUAGCUCGACGACUUCGUUCUACCAAGUAGUCGGCUGCUUUGAGGUUUUCGCUUUGGUGUAUUUAUUAUUAUAUUAUAGCCUCCGUUCUGAACGCGAGCGACCUGUCGUUACUCUGAUUGAAGCAUUGUGGACUUGUUUCUGUGGAAUUUCAUAUCUGAUCAACGGUCCGCAAAAUUAGGCUCAAUUUGCUAUCAGUGAGGAUUUCGGAGUUUUAGCUUGUGAAUUGUGAUCGACGAGUUGGCGCAUCUGUCAAUAAAGAAAACAAUGGGAUGCUUUGGUUGCUGCGAAGAAGAUGCUAUCCAGAAGGCUGCUGAUAAUAGCAACACGUACCAAGUAAAAACUUCAGCAGGAACUGAUGAAAGCUAUCACAAACGGCAAACGGCACCUAAAAGUCCUCCAAUAAUGAAAAUCCUGCCCAUUGAAGUCCCUGCCAUAUCAUUUGAGGAACUAAAGGAGGUUACCAAAAAUUUUGAUGCCGACUGUUUGAUUGGAGAGGGUUCCUACGGUAGAGUAUACUAUGGGGUAUUUAAAAGUGGGCAGACUGUGGGAAUCAAAAAGUUGGAUGCUAGCAAACAAUCAGAUGAUGAAUUCUUGUCCCAGGUCUCCAUGGUUUCAAGACUAAAGCACGAAAAUUUUCUGAACUUGAUUGGGUACUGUGUUGGUGGCAAUUCUCGAAUUCUUGCAUAUGAGUAUGCUUCAAACGGAUCUCUUCAUGACAUUUUACACGGGAGGAAAGGAGUCAAAGGAUCUCAGCCCGGCCCUGUUCUUUCCUGGGCACAAAGAGUAAAAAUUGCUGUAGGUGCUGCAAAGGGGUUGGAGUAUUUGCACGAAAAGGUCGAUCCUCAUAUCGUCCAUCGUGACAUAAAAUCCAGCAACGUACUAAUAUUUGAUGAUGAUUUGGCAAAAAUUGCUGACUUUGAUUUGUCAAACCAAGCCCCUGAUAUGGCUGCACGGCUUCACUCCACCCGUGUUCUUGGAACCUUUGGCUAUCAUGCUCCGGAAUACGCAAUGACUGGACAAUUGAAUGCCAAGAGUGAUGUGUACAGCUUUGGUGUUGUCCUGCUUGAACUUUUGACAGGAAGAAAGCCAGUUGAUCAUACAUUACCUCGAGGACAGCAAAGCCUCGUGACAUGGGCCACGCCCAAACUUUGCGAAGAUAAAGUUAAGCAGUGUGUUGAUGCAAAACUAGGAAAUGAGUACCCUCCUAAGUCAGUUGCUAAGUUUGCAGCAGUGGCUGCAUUAUGCGUUCAAUACGAAGCAGAUUUCAGACCAAACAUGAGUAUUGUAGUCAAAGCUCUUCAACCUCUCUUAAAUGCCCGUCCUGGCCCUUGAGGUGAAACCACCAACUCUUUAAAAUCUCUCUUUAUCUCUUUUACUUUUCCUGUGGAUUCUUGUUUGUUACUACUUCUUGGGUCCACGUGCUGACACGUGACGUGAGGGUUCCAAAUUAUUACCCGGGGGUAUUCAAUUUUUAGUUGGUGGUGGGUGAUCAUCAAUUUGUUUACAAAAACAGUGAGAUACCAUAAUCAUGAUUUUUUUAUGUCAUAUAUGAACGACGUGUCGUCGUUUCUUCUU